GUAAAACUCUCCCGGUCAAAGUUCGCACCGCGGGGCAUGCCGGGAGCCGGAUGGCCACGUCACGCGCAUGCGCCAGGAAGGCGGUCCGGCUUUCUGCAGUUUUGGACUAAAAAACACCAAAAAUCGGGCAUAAAUCAUGAAUUACCUGAAGAAUUUCCUGGCGACUCAGCCGGGCACGCAGCCGACUGGAGCCGAGACGAUCGAGCGGCUGUGUGACCGAGUCCAGUCAUCCACACUUCUGGACGACAGGAGAGACGCAGUCCGAGCCCUCAAGGCGCUGUCCAAGAAAUUCCGUCUGGAGGUGGGAACCCAGGGCAUGGACAUCCUCAUCAACGUGCUGGAGACAGACAGGACGGACGGAGAGAUAGUGAACUAUGCACUGGACACGAUGAACAACAUCAUGUGUAACAACCCCGAGGACGAUGAUGAUGAAGACAUCCCCCAGACGAACGGGGAGGUUCGGCAGGAGCCGGAGGACCUGGGAGGACAGUUUACCGAGAUCUUCAUCAAGAAACUUGAGAACGUCCAACUUCUUCUCAACUUCCUAGAGGAGUACGACUUCCGUGUGCGCUGGCCGACGGUGAAGCUCAUGACGACCCUGCUGUGUAACAGGUGCAGCCAGAUGCAGCAGAUCAUCCUCAACAGCCCUGUGGGUGUGUCUAGACUGAUGGACCUGAUCUCCGACGCUCGCGAGGUCAUCAGGAAUGAUGGCCUGCUGCUGCUGAUCCAGCUCACCAAGGGGAACGCUGCCAUCCAGAAGAUCGUCGCGUUUGAGAACGCCUUCGAGCGACUCCUCGAGAUCAUCGUGGAGGAGGGCCACAGUGAUGGAGGAAUUGUUGUUGAAGAUUGUUUAUUACUGAUGAUGAACCUGCUGAAGAACAACAACUCCAACCAGACACUGUUUAAGGAGGGAGGUCUGAUCCAGAAGCUGACGCCGUUUUUCGACAUCACGGAGGCGAGUCCGGGCGGCGGCUGGUCCGCCCAGAAGGUCACCAACCUGCACCUCAUGCUCAAGGUCUGCUGGAGAAGCUGUGUAUGAUCCUGAUGGCCAGCGGGGUUCCUGCAGACAUUCUUACAGAGACCAUCAACACAGUAUCGGAGGUGAUCCGAGGCAACACAGCCAACCAGGAGUACUUCGCUUCUGUCAACGCGCCGUCACAACCCCCCAGACCAGCGAUCGUGGUUCUCCUGAUGUCCAUGGUAAACGAGAAACAGCCGUUUGUGCUCCGCUGCGCUGUGCUGUACUGUUUCCAGUGUUUCCUGUUCAAAAACGAGGUCGGCCAGGCGCAGAUCGUGCAGACGCUCCUGCCGACAACCGCCGAUGCCAGUGCAAUAUCAGCGGGCCAGCUGCUCUUUUGCUAUCUCCUUGUGAAUGUGACCAUCCUCCCCAUCACCAACCAUGGGAAAUAUGCGCCCCAGGGCGGGAAGCUGCAGACGAGGCUGGGGCUGCUGAUCCUGCUCUGCUCCUGGCUGUCGGACUGCAGCAUCGCCGUCACUCACUUCCUGCACAACGCAACCAACGUGCCCUUCCUGACGAGUCAGAUCACAGACCAGGCGGAGGAAGAUGAGCAGCUGGCCCAGGGUCUGUUCGCCCUGCUGCUCGGCAUCUGUGUGCACUAUAAUGACAACUCCAUCGAGAACUUCACCAAAGAGCGUCUGCAGCAGCUGAUCAGUAAGAGGAUAGGGCUGGAGAGUUUCGAGGACAAGCUCAGCUUCGUGACGAAGAGCGACCAUUACUCCCGAGCGGCGCGGUCGCCCCAGCCGCGGUACGAUGCGCCCGAGAGGGUCCUGCUCGAUUACGAGUUUGUCGCUCUCUUCAGGCAGUACGAAGGUGUGAUCAUGAAAGCCGUCCGACCCAAGACGAAGGAAGAGGAGCAGGCGGAGCAGAAGACGAUUGAGGACCACGCAGGGAUCGUCACGCAGUACAAGGAGCUCAUCAGAGAACAGGAUGCAGAGCUUCACUCCACCAAGCAGGAACUUCAGGAGGUCAAGGUCAAACUCAGCGAGACGGAGAAACAACUGCAGGAGCAGGCGUCAAUGGUGCAACAGCUGCGGGACCAGUACUCACUGCUGAAGGCUACUAAAGGCCGUGAGUCGCCCCAGGUCCAGCAGACGGAGGCGGGAGGAGGAGCGGAGGAGGUUGCUAGGUUACAGGGAGAACUGGGGGACUCCAAACGUGUCCUGGAGUCCAAAACACAGCAGCUGAUGGAGAGGGACAGAACUAUAGAGCAGCUGAAAAACGACCUGACGGUAGCGGAAGCGAAGGCGGCAGUACGAGAGGCAAGCGAGGAUGGAGACGCGGGGUCAACCGAGGACAGCACACGCCCUCUUCAGGAGAGAAUAGAGGUGCUGACACGGGAGAAGGAGGAACUCAGGACACAGCUGUCGUCACAGGAGACUCAGAUCCAGACAUUCCGCACCGACAACGAGGCACUCAAGUCCAAACUGUCCGCACAGACGAACGGCCCAUCCCCAGAUGCGGUUGCCGCGGAAACGGCGGCUCUCCAGGCGAAACUUGCAGAGGUGGAGUCUGAUCGAGCCUGCUCCGAGGAGGAGAACCGCAGACUGAAGGAGCAGGUGCAGAACUUACAGCUGCAAAACUCACAGCUGCAAAACUCGCAGGUGCAAAACUCACAGCUGCAGAACUCACCUGCAGCUGAUGGGAACGCUGACUCAGCAAAACUGGAGGAAGAGGUGAGAAGAUUGAGUGAAGAGAAGAAGCGGCUGGAGGAGGAGGCUGAGACGGCAUCCAAGGAGCAAGAUGACCUCCUUGUGCUGCUGGCAGACCAAGACGCCAAGAUUAAGAAGUACAGAGACAGACUUAAGGAACUUGGUGAACAGAUGGAUGAUGAUGAUGAUGAUGAUGGGGACCUGGAGGAUGAUGAAGACUAUGAAGAUGAAGAGGAGGAGGAGGAGGAAGAUGGGGAUAAAGAGGAGGACUGACAGCUGUCAAUCAUCCUCAAUAGACACAGGAAAUUCUAUCACCUUCAGACAUCUGUAAUGUAAAAAUGCACAUCAGAUUUAACUUUGUAUAUCAAUGAAGACAUCCAAUAAGAUAUACCAAAAAGCAGCUGAAAGUUCAAGGUUUUAGCUACUCAAGCAACUGGAUAUGAUUCUGGAUUUACAAACUCAUACCCAGGUGCUUGAGUAACUGCUUUUUGGUUAAUGAUAAAAGUUCAUACCGGUAAAGGUUGGGUCGGUCAGUGUCGUUGCAAAAGAACAUUCAGCUCAGAAUGAUAGAUAGAUUAAAGAUGAGGAUAACACAAAUAAAA